AAGAAGUCACGAAGAGCAAAGAUGGCCCCUUGAUUCAACAGGUAGCCGUGUUGAUUUCUGUGUUUUCGUCGCAAAAAAUGUAGUUUCGCGGUUUGUUUUCCGUCGAAUUUGUGUUAUCGCGAUAGUUUCCGUUCCGGUGCGUACGGAAAUGUAUGAAUAGUGUCGGGUUUUGCGUGGAAAAAGUGGUAAUUUUCGGUUCAAUGUUGCCACAAGUGUUUUGCUCUGUUUACGACGAAGACGACGACGCCUCGGAAAAUGUUGACAUUGCUGAGCGAGUUGCGAUUCUGGUCUACCAAGGAGGACAUCCUCGUCAAGGACACCGAUCUGGGAGCGGUCAAGUAUUUUGAGAAGAAGUCGGAAAAUGCUAAAUCGAUCUAUUCCGAGGGCAAGAGGCACUACUUUGAGUCGCGGGGCUGCAAAUGGAACGUGGAUAAUAAGAAGCCCAAUCGGCUGAGGAAUGCCCUUAAACUGCUGGAGGAAGAGCUGAAGCAGAGGCGAGUCGUCUUCUGCAAGUGGCGGAACAAUGUCAUUCUGCAGCUUAUGCUCUCGAAUGGCCUGCUCAUUCACAUCUUCAUUAAUCCCUUCAACGGGGACAUCAAUCGGAUUUACUUCGACAAGUACUUCAUUGGGAAGCUCAUAUCCGAGCAGAUAACCGACGUGAUAAUCACCCAGUCGCACAUCCUGAUAUCGUACAAUGAGAACCAGAUCACCUUCGUGCACCUGCAGAAGCCAACCUCCCGGAAAAACAACCUGGAAAAGAUCACCCUGAUGGACCCCAAGAUUUACAACGUCAUCAUCGGGGGUCCAACGACCCGGAAGAUCCCUAAACACCUGGUUUGCAGCAGCUCCCAGGAGAUGGUAAUCGUGUGGACCAAAUCGUCCCAGAAUGAGGUCUAUCCGUGGCGACCCACCGUCAAGGAUCAGGACCGGGCCAAUCUGCACGUGUAUAAAUUGAAUGGGGCCAAAAUGGAAUUGCUGUGUUACUACUGGACCGAGUACGACCCCAUUUCGGUGGAUUUCUCGCUGAUGAAUGGCUUCCAGGUGCACUCGGUGGAGCAGAAGAUAUCCAAAAAGGGCGACGUGACCAUAGACAGCUGUAUAUAUCAGAUCCACAAGACGAAGAUGCGACGAGUGGCGGUGACGUCGAUUCCGCUGCAGACGCAGGUCUGCUGCAAUGCGUUCAGUCCGGACCACGAGAAGCUCAUGCUGGGAUGCAUCGACGGUUCGGUCGUGCUGUUCGACGAGGGACGGGGAAUUACGCACCUGGUCAAGGCGGCUUUCAUUCCCACCUUCGUGUCGUGGCACAGCGACUCGUCGGUCGUGAUGAUCGCCAACGAGAAAGGCCAGCUGCAGUGUUUCGACAUUGCCCUGUCCUGCGUGCGUACCCAGCUGAUGAGCGAAGAUGUCGUUCCGUCCAGUAUUCUGGACCUGUCCAACUACUUUGCCCAUCCGUCCAAUCUUGCCAAGCUCUGUUGGAGUAAGAAACCGGAGAUAACGGAGCACUUUGAGAAGAACGCCAUCACGGACUGCUUCCUGCUGUUGGCGUUCGAAAACGGCCCGUUGGGAUGUGUCCGGUUCGUCGGCGGGACCGGUCUGAAGGGUGAUGUGCACACUUCCGGUUUGACGGCGGAUGUGUUGAUCCACAAGUACAUUUCGCUGAAUCAAGUGGAGAAAGCGAUCAACAUCCUGCUCAGUUUGAACUGGGACACGUACGGCGCCAUGUGCCUUCUGUCGCUGCAUCGGAUAGCGAACUACAUCUUCAAGCAGCCCUUGGGCACGGAGAGAGAGUUGCAACUGCAGAAAGCCUUGGGCAGUUUUUUGGUACCUGUUAAACCGUUAUGCUAUGAGACUGAAGUGGAAUUUGGCGAUCAGGUGAACGACAUAACGUUGCGGUUCUUCCACUACCUGCUGCGGAAUAAGUCCUACAACAAAGCGUUCAGCUUGGCAAUCGACAUCAACGAUGCGGAUUUGUUUCUCAAGUUGCACGAUAAGGCGAAAACCGAUGGCGAUGUGGAACUGGCCAAAGAGGCUCUGAAGAAGGUGGACGUUAUCAACCGGAUAUGCACGGAUAGGAGCGAUAGCGAGCACUCUUUGUGUUCCAAUUCCUCGUGUUCUCUGUGCGCAGAAAGCUUUGACGAAGACGACGACGACGAUGAAGAUGAUGACGGAUCAGAACGGGAAAGUUCCCAGCUGCAGAUGCCUCGUGCAGCGAAAAUAUCCAGCACCGAUGCUGUCAGCUUUAAAUCGUACUCCACCUCGUCAAGUUCGUCCAAAUCAUCCCAAAUUAGGAACGGCGCUCUGAAACAUCCACCCCUGCCCAAAACCACAACGGAGGGUGCCAGCAGCAGUAUAGCGACCCGGACGGCCACCGCCAAUGUUCGCCCAAAGUCCGAGUUCAGCAAUGAUCGACCACCGUUGCCGUAUGUUCCGAAGAAAGCACCGACCACCACCAUGCAGCGGAGCCAAACGGCAAUGGCGUUGAAGUUGAGCAAACAGCAACAGUCCAGAAUAGCUCAGACUAGGUUACGAGGAAAAUCAUUGAGCUCGAGUAAUUUGCUCUCGGUCUCGGAUAACACGUCCCCAUACUUCGGAUCGUCUGUCCAGAGAGGAAACGUGCGAGCUCGGUUAAAUCCUCGAGAAAAGGCAGCUAAACUGUACGCUUCUCCUGCUAGCAGUCUAUCGAUGGAACAGCUCGACAUAUCCAACCGGAAUUCAAGACCGUUCUACGUAGACUUUGUGGACAACCCAGCCGCUUCCAGACCACCUCCAAACGGCCAGCACGUCGUGAUCGAUGUGGUCCCAAAACCAAUAGGCUCCCCAAAUGCACUAAAAUACCCUCCAACCAACAUUCUCGAUCAAACGAUCGGCAUUCCUCUAGUACAAGACGAGCCGGAUUUCGCCCGGCGUCCUCGGAAACCUUGGUUCACCUCGCAGGCCCCACAGCCCCAGUUCCGAAGCAUUCCGAACCCGUCCAACGCGAACAACGCUCCUCGAACUGUGAUCCACCAAUAUCCACUCAUUUCCGGCAACAUUCCGUCCAAGUUCCAGUCGUCAUCCAAGUUCAACCAACAACCUCCGGAAGUGGUCGACCGGUUACGGAUGCCCCGACGGAAGGAACCAGCAGCAUCCAUCCUGUCCAACAGUACAAACUCCUCGCUGGCAAUGGCAGGUCCAUCAUCGGCCGGGUUCCCACAACCGGGAAGUUCCUCCGCAUCCUCCUCCUCCGCCAAAAAGGAAAGCGGCGAGAAGAACAAGGUCAAAUUCUCCGACACCGUGACGGUGGCUGUCGUACCGGAAAUCCCUCGCAAGGACAAACAGGGCGAGAAAUCCCGGAAACCCCCCUACAGUUCCAUGAUUGCCGAUCCGAAACGGGAAUUGGCGGAAAGUUUACCCCUGUGCCAUCCAAACGAUGACUAUCUGAAAGAUUUUACACCCAUGCAGGUAGUCUUUGUUCCAGAAAUAAUGAGCAAUAGCAGUGAUCAACAUCAACAUCAGCAGCAGCAGCAGCACCACCAACAGCUGGAAAACGCCGACAACGAGAACAAUAAGAAGAUACCCAACAUCAAAGUGGUACAUUUUGGUGUGGUGUAGCAACCGGAAUUUGCCCGAUGCGAAGGAAACGAAUCGUCCUCCUAAUCCGUCCAGUGAAGCUGUAUCAGUAUUUUUUUUAAUGUUUAUUAUAGGGUAUCGCGCUACUUGGGCGGUGGUUUUCUUCGUCUGUUAUUUUCGUCUGUUUUCCACUGUAACUCGGUCAAUUUUGAACCGAUUGACUUGAAAUUUUGUACACGGGUAGAUACUAUACCUAUCUCACCGCAUUCCAAGAAUUGUGUCAAUUGGUUCAAGAUUGACUGAGUUAUAGUGGAAAACAGACGAAUAUAGAAGCCACCGCCCAAGUAGCGCGAUUCCCUAGAACAUGUUUUCUUGUUAUAUAAAGAUCUACAUUCUUGUAAAUAUUCGAACCGUACUUAAGACCUCACGUAUUUGUAUAUUUAUUAGUAUACAGGCAAUAAUAUAUAACAAAAUAUAUUUUUAAUUAAGUAA